UGGAAGGAGUCAUCUGGUGGCUUCAGGCUUCACUCAGAAACACAGCGAGGCCUCAGGAGGGACCCUCACCCUAACCCUCUUCAUCUACACAACGUGCCUCUUCACAACAAGACCAUGAGCGCCCACUGCCCCACCCACCUGGAUUCUGCCGAAGACUACCGGCGCAUCGCCCUCUUCCUCAUCCUUCUUUUCAUCUUCAUGGUGGGCCUGCUGGAGAACGUGCUGGUCAUCUGGGUCAACUGGCGCCGACGCCACUCUGCCAACGGGGUCCUGUUCUGCAUCCUCAACGUGAGCCUGUCGGACCUCAUGGUGAUCGUGAUCCUGCCGUUCUUCAUGAUGCAGGCGACCAUGGGCAAUGUCUGGCUGUGGGGUCGCUUCCUCUGCAAGGUGACCCACCUCGUCGACAAGGUCAACUCCUACAGCAGCUCCUUCUUCCUGGCCCUCAUGACCGCGGAGCGUUAUCUGUCCCUGACCAGGCCCUCGUUUCCCGCCUUCUUCCCCGUGCUGGGCCGCCGCCGCUGGGUGCUCUGCGGAGGCCUUUGGGUGCUCUCCUUGUUCCUGGCGCUGCUGGAGAACGUCCACAUUAAACUUCUGGAGUUGAACGAGCCGGGCUGCUACUUGAUACCUGAACACAACACCAGUGAGUGGUUUUUCACCCUGGGUUUCCUCUUUCUGGUCUUCCAGUUCUUGGGCCCGGCCGCCAUCAUCAUCACCUGCAACGUGCUGAUCGCUCGUGCGGUUCGGACGGCGCCGGAUGUUCAGGACCGGCGGGACGUGUGGCUGGUUCACGUUUACUCCCUAGUGUUUGUCCUGUGCUGGUUGCCCUACCACUUCGUCCUGUUCCUGAUGUACGUGGGCUUAAUCGACCCCGACAUCUUCAGCUGCCACACGAUGGAGGUGCUGUACUUCUCGUUCAGCGUGGUGCACAGCCUGUCUCUUUUUCACUGCGUGGCAAACCCCAUCCUCUACAACUUCCUCAGCAAGAGCUUCCGAGACAACCUGGUCAACACCGUGCUGAGCCAGUUACCCAGAGAUGGAGCCGGGAACCAGCUGGGAGCCGGGACCAACGCUCCCAACGGAGGAGGGGGAGACCCGGGGAAGCAACGCAAGUUAAGUAACGCCAGCACCAGCCAGUCCGAUGUUGGAUCAUAAAAAAAAAAGAAGCUGGGAUGAGAAAACUUCACGAGACGUUUUCUUGGAAAGAUUUGACAGAACUGAAUGGAGAUUGUGCAGAUCAUCUCACUCUGGUCAGAGACUCAUUGUGAUGUUUGUUACAGCCUCACUCUCAUAAUCCAUUUCCUGUUAUGUUUUUGUUUUUUACCAUGUAUCUGAUCACAGAGGAAGGCAGGAAAUGUUUGAAGUGCUUUUUUUGUUGUUUAAGCUGCUCAACUCCCACAGGAACCCAUGGCAGUCUCUAAGGCAGGGGUCUCC